AUGUUUCCAAAAAGUACAUCUAGUGUCUCCUGACGUACAAUGAAAUAUCGAAAUAUGACAAUUUACAUAACUCUUAUAUGUAUUUUCAGGAUAUCGUUUUCGUCGUAAUGUUAAUGAAACAGAGGACAAUACUGAUUUACCAAUCGAUACCGUCUACGAAGAAUCAUUUUUCGAUUUUGGUCUUGAUCAAUUAGAUAAUGAAAUGGACAUUAUGGUGGAUAAUAUGAUACAAAAUGUUAAAGAUAUCACAAACGAUAUUAAAAAUUCGACAACAAAUGGAAAUACAACUAUAUAUAUAAUUAAUAAUAAUUAUUGUGAUCCAAAAAGCGAUUGUGAUGAGCAGCAACCACCAGUCCAAAAUACAGAAGACAACCCGCCUGCAAUAAACGCUACAAACAUAAACGAAGGAAGCUAUAGCUCAGAUAAACAGCUCCCAGUUCAAAAUAGUGAAAUUAACCCAUCUCCGAUAAACGCUGCAAACAUAAAUAACGGAAGUUAUAUCUCGGAUAAACAGCACUCAGUCCAAAAAAGAGAAGCUAACCUACCUCGGAUGAACGGAAAAAACAUAAAUAAAAAAAACUAUAGAAUAAAUAAGCAGAAUUUAACCCUAAAAGAAGAUUACGUGGAUAACCUUAGCAUAUCAACGGAAUUAUUUUACGACACCAAUAAAAAUGAAACAAACAAACCACGAGUAUGGCAAAAAUUGUUCCAAAAAGAAAUCAUCAAAAAUGGUGAAGGGCGUGGAAAUCGUGACGACGACAAAAACAAUAGCGAAGGAAACUUAGACUACUCCUAUUACUUGAAUAGAUAUUUCACAAACAACGGCAAUCAAUCCGAUAUCGACUAUAUUGACAACAAUAAUAGAACUAAAGAUAGCUACAUUCCCUCCCAUUUAGAAUUCAAAAACAAUAAUGACAGUGGCGUGGUCUUAUUAUUUUAA